CUCGUCAUGUCCCGCCCAUACGAUAUAGUCGUUUACGGUGCAAGCGGUUUCACCGGAAAGUUUGUGGCGAAGGAACUCUGUUCUCUCGCUGCGAAAGGAUCAUUUCCUGGGCUGAAAUGGGCUAUAGCCGGACGCUCGAAGGGCAAGCUCGAUACACUCGUCUCCGAGAUCUCCCAGCAGUACGCUGGCGUGGCACCUCCAGGAAUAAUAAUCGCCGAUGCCAGCGAGACAGAUGGAGAGGGUCCUCUGCAGGCUGUGGUGGAUAUGGCUGCAGCCACUAGAUUGGUCCUGAACUGUGUCGGGCCUUACCGCUUUACCGGCGAGAAAGUCGUACAGGCUUGUAUCCAAGCGAGCACCGACUACCUGGACUUGUGCGGGGAGCCGGAAUUCAUAGAAAAUAUGAUUCUCAAGUAUCACGACACGGCAGCUGAGAAGAGCAUCACGAUCGUCCAUGCCGCUGCAUUUGAUUCUGUACCGGCCGAUCUUGGGGCGUUGUUUGCAAAGCGGAACUUGAUUGAGAAGGGCGCAACACCCAGCUCAGUUGAGAUGUACGUGAAGAUGCUCGUCUCUGGGAACGCCAAACCCGGGCUCAAUUUUGCAACCUACCAAUCCGCUGUGGAGGGCUUCGGAUCCGUCGGACAACUGCGUCAAGUUCGCAAAGCUCUCGCUGCAAAACAGCCACGUCCGGCGACUGUUGGACCCAAGCUUAAGCCUCGCAAGGGAUUGCUAGGGAGAUUCCCGCCUUACUUGGAUCGUGUCGGCGGCUACCUGAUCCCCUACUUCUUCGCCGACCCAGCGAUUGUGCGACAAACCCAGAUCCUGGAAGAAGUUCAUUCGGCUGGGCUCCCGCCAAUCCAGUUCGGCGCCUAUCUUGUGAUCCCAUCCCUGAGGAUCCUGCUAUUGAUGAUAUUUUAUUUCACCAUAUUCAGCUUCCUUGCGGCUAGGAAGUGGGGGCGGGCUCUGCUCCUCCGGUACCCGAGACUGUUCUCUCACGGUACAGUUUACAAAGGAGGACCUCCAGUGGAGUCGCUCAAGCACUUUGCAUUUACGGAGACGUUCGUUGCUAGAGGGUAUUCAUCCGCCGUAGAUCCGAAAAGUGGCGCGCAGCCCGACGUGGAGGUAGUGACCAGAGUCAGCGGGCCCGAGUUAGGUUAUGUCGCUACGUCCAUCUUGUUCAGCUUCUGCGCCAAAAUUCUUCUGGACGAGAGACGGCGCUCCGGGGAUGGAGGCUCGAUACGCCUGCGGCACGGCGUGCUCACGCCUGCUGUUGCUUUCGGGGACACCGGUCUGAUUGAGGAACUCGAUCAAGACGGGAGAGUCACGUUCUCUGUGGUCCAAGCUUAGAUUUGUUUUGCUGAGGCUUUCUUGUAUAUUACUUCUGUAAUACUCAUCGACUGCACCACAAGGG